AUGCUUCUGUUGACCGUCACCUUGCCAAGCGCACGGGCUGAGAGCUUUUCACUUGAUCAAGGCUCCACAGUCGGUGACUUGAAGAAUUUGGCCCAGCAAACUUUUCAGCUGGGAUUCCUCAGGCUUGUCACUGCGGAGGGGCGUAGGUUGGAUGACCCACAGGAGUCUGUGCAGAAUGCAGGGCUGCAAACAGGAGAUCAGGUCACAGCUCUGGUGCUGCAACCGCAGCUGACUGGAACAAGAAUAAGUUUUGACGCUCUUGGCGGAGCUUUUGCGUUGUGGUUUCGCGGAGGUGACGAGGUUAUUACAUGGGGAGAUCCACACACUGGUGGUGACAGCUCGGCAGUUCAAAGUCAGUUGAAGGGCGUGCAGCAGCUUCAGGCCACCAGCUCUGCAUUUGCCGCCAUUUUGGCAGAUGGAUCUGUGGUUUCUUGGGGAAAUCCUGCCUCUGGUGGCGACAGCUCGGCAGUUCAAAGUCAGCUGAAGGGCGUGCAGCAGCUUCAGGCCACCGACUGUGCAUUUGCUGCCAUUUUGGCAGAUGGGUCUGUGGUUUCUUGGGGAACUCCAGGCGAUGGUGGUGACAGCUCUGCAGUUCAAAGUCAGUUGAACGGCGUGCAGCAGCUUCAGACCACUUACCGUGCAUUUGCUGCCAUUUUAGCCGAUGGAUCUGUGGUUUCUUGGGGAGAUCCAGACCUUGGUGGUGACAGCUCGGCAGUUCAAAGUCAGCUGAAGGGCGUGCAGCAGCUUCAGGGCAACUUUUCUGCAUUUGCUGCCAUUUUGGCAGAUGGGUCCGUGGUUUCUUGGGGAUCUCCGGAAAGUGGUGGUGACAGCUCCGAAGUUCAAAGUCAGUUGAAGGGC